CCGCCCGCAGCAAAGAUGGCGGCGGGCGCCGCUUCCGGGCGGCCCGGGGCGCUGGCCUGAGGCGGGCGGGGAUGGCGGCGGGCGGCGGCUCCCCGAGCAUCGUCGAGUUCUUCGGCGGGGAGGAUGGCUACCGCUGCGGCUACUGCAGGAGCGACACCGGCAACCUCUCGCACGGUAUGUGGGCACAUUCGAUGACAGUUCAAGACUACCAGGAUCUCAUAGACAGAGGAUGGAGAAGAAGUGGAAAAUAUGUCUACAAGCCUAUCAUGAAUCAAACAUGUUGUCCUCAAUACACAAUAAGGUGCCGGGCUUUGCAUUUUCAGGCCUCCAAGUCCCACAAGAAGGUUCUGAAGAAAAUGUUGAAAUUCAUUUCCAAAGGAGAUGUUUCGAAAGUGGCGAGUGAAGAAGAGCCGAUGGAUUCCCAUAUAGAGGAUGUGGCCACGUGUGAUUUUCCACACAAAAGCGAGUCCCAGGUCAGUCAGUCUGACCUGACUCCCUUGGCUGUGGAUCAGGCUGAGAGGGUGGAGAAUGAAGAUAAGGAGUCAGGAGAAACAAAAGAAGAGGGGAAUGUGCAGAAGGUGGAACCGGAUUCUGUUCAGAUCUGUGCAGACAAAGACAGCCCAGUCCCUGCAGAGCCAUCACAUUCUGCUAAAGCUGUUCAUGCACCACCUAAGCCAGGGAAAGGGGCUGAUCUGAGCAAGCCCCUGUGUCGGAAAGCAAAGGACAUCAGGAAAGAGAGGAAACUACAGAAGCUCCUCCAGAACCAGAUGGGCACAGCAGAAGGCUCUCAGCUUCAAGGAGAUCAAGCUUUCCUCUUGCAAAACUCUAAACCUAAAACAAACCAGCCUAAAAACAUUGAAGACUUUGUUUGUGUCCCUCUACCUGAUGAUGCACGACACAAAUUAGAGGUGAGGUUAGUACCUGUCUCCUUUGAGGACCCCCAGUUCAAAUCAUCCUUCAACCAAUCUGCCACUUUAUUUGCCAAGUAUCAGAUGUCUGUACACAAGGACACACCUUCUGACUGUGGGGAGAACGAGUUCACACGAUUCCUCUGUGAUUCCCCUCUGGAGGCAGAGCAUGCCCCAAACGGACCAGACUGUGGCUAUGGCUCCUUCCACCAGCAGUACUGGCUGGAUGGGAAGAUAAUUGCUGUUGGUGUCAUUGAUAUCCUGCCCUACUGUGUGUCCUCAGUCUAUCUGUACUACGACCCAGACUUUUCUUUCUUAUCUUUGGGAGUCUACUCUGCAUUACGGGAAAUUGCUUUCACCAGACAGCUUUGUGUAAAAGCUCCUGAUCUCUGUUUUUAUUACAUGGGUUUCUACAUUCAUUCAUGCCCCAAAAUGAGAUACAAGGGUCAGUACAGGCCCUCUGACCUGCUGUGCCCUGAGACCUACGUGUGGACACCCAUUGAGCAAUGCCUGCCCCUGCUCGAGCACUCCAAGUACUCCCGCUUCAACCAGGAUGGAAAAGCAGUCGAUGAAGGUCGCCUGAAGGAGCUGGGCAGGGUGAGAGUGCUCCACAAGAGAACCGUGAUGCCUUACAGCGUGUACAAGAAGAGGAGGAAGGGGCCCAGUGACGAGGCCAGUGUCCAGCAAUAUGCAAGCCUGGUGGGACAGACCUGUUCAGAGAGAAUGCUGCUGUUCAGGAGCUGAAAGCCCACGAGAUGACAUUUCAAUGGUUCCAACAUUUCAUUGCACUGCCACGGGGUGAUCUGUACCGUAGUCGUGUGCUGGUGUGCCCACUCAGACAGGCUGAAACACAGGUAUAUAGCCAGGCUUGUGUCAAUACAUGGUACUGUAAAGGCCAACUCCAAUAAAUCUUACAGUACAGCAAGGCUUUAGCAAUAUAAGUUUAGAAAAACACGCUUGCAGUGUAUUUUAAUUAAGUAGUUCUAGCCUUUCUAUGCAUUAUGAAUAAUUCUAAGUAUCUAAGCAAAAUGAAAAACAGGUGUUGAUUUUUUUUUUUUUUGUAGAAAUGAAGGUUGACUAAAUCUAGAUUAAGAAUCAUUAAGUUACAGAUGUUUUCAAAUAGCACCUUGGAUAUCUGUUGUUAAAAAUUGCUGUGAAAUUUGUGCUCGCAUUUGUAUGCUCCUAAAAUCUUGCAAGAGGACUGAAACGUGCUAUUACUUUCCAGCAUGGUACCAUUUUAUUUCAGCAGUAUGUUUAAAAAACAGGAAGGAAUUAUUUUCACUGCACAUUCUUCAUUUGUUUAAAGCAGUAAGUCAGUGUCAGAGGUCCCAGUGAGUGUAGGAGUUCGUGGUAGGUUCUCAGUGGCAGGGGAUGCAGUGCUUUGGAAAGCUUUUCCCUUCAGAGAAGAAGCAGAACAGUUGCACUAUAAAUAUACCAAAGAUAUGCAGCCAAGUGGCACAGUGGUUUUUGGUAUAAGCCUUAUCCUUUGUCUAGCAAGAGUGGGUAUUUCAAUGCACAUGGCUAAUGUGAAAUAGAGCCCGGGAGGUUUAUCCUGCAGCUCUCAGUGCACAUUUCAGAACUAUGCUAACAAAAAAAAAAAGACAUAAGGUACCACUGCUGGGUUUUGUUGCAGGUGCUUUUUUUUUUUCUGCAGAAUUGUACAGGAAGACUUAAAUACCAUAUUCCAGCUUUUUUACUGACUGUUUUGUUUCUGGUGCAGCAGCUCAUGGGUUAACAUCUUUAAUAACAUUUUAGUAAAUACUUCUGUUGGAAACACAGGAAGUUGUGAUCCUUUAUGAAAGCACUUUAUUAUCUCAUAUAUGAGCGUUGUCUGUGUCCCCAUUAAGUCAUAUAAGUUGUAGGAAUUUGGGGAAAUAACACUGUUGUAUAAUUCAGUAAUGUAUUACAACAUUGUAACAUUACCAAUGCAUUUGUGCUUCUUAUCUUCUUGGAUAACAGGGGCUGGUAUUUACCUUGAAUCAGCUCAGAGUUUCCUGUUAGCCUUUGAACAAAGAUGCUUAUUCAAGGUUAUGUGGCGUGGUUUUCCCCCAGAAAGGAAACAAAUUCAUUUUUACCCUCUGAGGGUUGCAUCUCCUGUCAUUCGUGGAUUCAUUGAUUUAAUUUUAAACACUUGGCCACUGUCAUUAAUCAUUAAUUUCUAUGUGGAGCAGACAUAAGAACUUGGGGAAUCAAGUGCAAUGCAGGUUUAACUUUGUUUUUCAUAUCUGUUUGAUAUGAAAUUAGUCUAUAUUGCAAUAUUAUUGAUAGUACAGCUUCAAUAGCAACUUUAAAAAGUCAUUUUAUGUUUCAUUAAUUGGGCUGUGCAGUAUUGAUCUGCUCCCAGUCUGCAGCAGGAGUGGUCAUUCACGUCAGCAUCCUAUCUGGUGUGUGUUUAUCUGUGGCCUGGUGCUGAGGUUUCUUUGCACUGUACCUUCUGCUUUGUCCAUGCCUUACCUCAGCCUCCUGCCAUGGGGAGAACCACUAAAUAAUCCUCAUGAAGGUUUUUAUGAAGAAUUCCUUUCUGUGGAGAAAAUACUGUUACCACUCUGUCAAACAGCAUAAUGUUUUCUGCCUACACAGUGUGCUGAAAAGUGGUGAUGCCCAUAUGGCUUGCAACCAAAAUAAAUGAGAAAACCUUUUUAUGUGAUACAAAAUCAGUUAAGAGGCACUGAGGAAUUUCACUAUGAAUUGCAAAAUCUUAAAGGUUAUCAAAGCCAUUUAAUGACGGCCUCGCUGAGCUCCUGGAGAAGUUGAAGUUUCUGUUCAGUUUCAAGGGAGCAGACUUAAUGUCCCCACUGAGAGCUCCUGGAGAGCUCCCUCUCUUUGUGCCCGUAUUUGUUGCUGAUAUGCCUUGGAUUAGACUUUUAUCUGAUGCUCUGUUUCUCUUGGGGAGCUUCUAAGGACUGCAGUUAAAGGAAAGGGAGAGAAGUACAAACCUAAAAACCGAGCACAGCUUGAGGUUGUCCUUAAGGACGUUUACUGGGGGUAAAUGACCAUUUCCUGUGAGUCUGAAAUGGUGCUUUCACUUUCUGCCCUCCCCUGGGACUGCAGCACCAUGGCUGGCUGGGCUCCUGGCUCCUGCUCAACUCAAAUAUGGAUUUAUAUUAAAAAGCAAAACCAGGCAACACUGAGAUUAACUCCAAACUGAGUUCAUCUCCUGUGGUUUGCUGAGCUCUGACUCACUUUGGUGUUAUUUUAGAAGGAAAAUGGGGCAGUACUUUUGAGGACUGAUGUCUCUAUCCCUGUUUUUGGAAGGGAGACAGAGGCUGAGGAUGAAGUUCUGUAAAUUUUUCCUGUGACUUCAGUGGAGCUGAAAAUUCACCAUUAUUACAAUAUUAUUUAAUAUAUUGUAAUUGACAAUUACUGAAUUUAGAGAUAUUUAACUUAGCACAAACCAUUUUAUAAAAGUUUUUUUUGUGUGUAGCUGGUUUGUGAGAGUCCAUCUCUAAUGUAAGGUUGCCUUGUUCUGUCAUCUGUUGAUAAAUGAGCAUAAAAUGGUGGUAAGAAAAUGCAGAGUUGUGACCAGUGCUAAAAAACGCCAAUUUUUUGUUUUGGUUGGAAAGAAAUGGGAAGCUUACACAUGUCCAGCAUCAACGCGUGUCAGUAAAUUCAAGAACCUGCAUGUUGAGUUUGUAAUUGCUAUUUAGCAGGCCUGUUUGACUUGCAAGUGUAGAAAAUAAAGUUAUUUCCAGUCUCUGUGAAUUAUUAUAAGAAAUAAUAGCUCUGAAUGUGAUUUCUGCAUUAGUUUGUAGGAAUUUCAUUAUUCUGGAGAUCAACCAAGUGUCCAGUGAACAGCAAAAUCAAAGAAUCCAUCAAAGGGUAGCAGCCUUUAGAAGAGAGAACUUGCAAGUUUAAAAUCAUGUCCAAAAUACAUGACCUGUUUUGGAAUGAAGUUUUAGUUCCAGCCAGCCAGAUUAAUGAAGAGAUUGCAUGAAAUAUAAUUGAUACUUCUUUUCUGAGUAGAAUAAAAUAAAAUAAAGAGAUUUUUUUUGCAAAUGGAGACUAGACAGGACUAGCUAUUUAUUUGAGUUCAGCUUGGUUUAACAAAAACUUGUCUGAAUUAAGGAGCCAAACCAGCAACACAGAAAUUGGGGUUGUGUGCAUAAAGAUAAUCUAAACAUUGCAUCAUUUUUGUGACUGAAUGAGGCAGAAUUCCAGCUAAUUCUGGAUUCCUGGAGGAGACUUUUCUCACAGCCCAGCACCAGCACGGCUUGAAAUGUUGGUGGGACUUUUUCUGUUCCAUCGCUCCUGUGGAGUCCCCAUCCCUCAAUCUUUUUGAGAUUCUGUGAAUUUCUUUGCCAGGGGAUCACUCUGAAGCUCCAGCCUGGUCAGCCACACGUUUCUGAAUUCCUGCUCAUCCUGGCUGUCCCAGAUAAUCCUCCAGACAUGAUUAUGUGCUGUCCUGAUCAGACUCUCCACUCAAGCCUUAAUGUCUCUGCACUUGGAAGGGUGGAGGCAAUUUUCAGGGCAGAAAUCAUCACUUUUCAGGGAACCACCAACAUUUCCCAAAGCAUUGUAGCCACAUCUUCUGCCAGUAUAUUUAUAGAGCUGCACCUUCAGUCACACUGAGUAUAAAAUGCUGAAUUACUUCUGCAUUUUCCAAAUGAUUUGGGUUUUUUUAAGUUAGUCAAUGUGAUGGAUGUUAGGAGCAGAUGUACAAUAGUAACUCAUCCUAAAUGUAGCUAAUUGUGGCCAGUGGGUUUCUAAAUAAAAGUGUUUUGGAAAUUAAUCUACUAUAUGCAUUUUAUAGUGCAUUUAAAGCUCAUCUCGUGAGAGCUUUGUUUUCUAACAGCAUUAAAAUAAGAAUGAAAAUUAAUUAAAUUAACAUGUAAGCCUGAGUUCAGCAUAUAUUAAUGCUCUUUAUAUUAAUACAGGACAAUCUUUGAAAAUGCCCUUACUGCUGAUCUCAGACAAGUAGCAGCUCAGAAGCUUUCUGGCUGUAUUCUUUCUGGUUGUGUUUUACUGUUUUGAUGUUUAUUCAUUUCCUUAUUACAACUAUUCCCAUCAGAUUUUUGUACUUCCCAUCAGUUAUUUCCACUUCAGUUUUGACACAUAAUACAUGUGUCUGCCAAAAGUCCUGCUGAGAGAUUGCUAUCAGGACAAAAGAAAGUGUUGGAAAGUCUGUUAAGCAGUGAGGAGAGAGCAGAGUCCACAGGGACAGUCAGUCUGCAACCUUUGUGCUGCAGAAAAAGCAGGAUUUAUUUAUAAUUUAGUCCGCUGCAGGCUUAAAUAAAUGUGUCAGAUUUCAUUCAUUUCCCUUUGUCUGUGACAUCUGAUUGUCAUUGUCCAGGAGGAAUCAAUGGGGCAUUGUGGAACAGGAGAAUGAGUGAAGGACAGUGCACUGCAUUUGUGGCAGCAAGCUUGAGUUAAGGGCUGAAAUCACAUGAAUUCUGUUGGAAUUCUCACUCCAUGUCUGCACAGGAGCAGGGAAAUGGAGGCUGGAUGGGAAUUUGAAGAAAUGUUUGUUGCUUCUCCCCUGUCUCCUCCAGGCUGGGGCAGAGCAAGGACACAUCCACCACCCCGAGAGGAUCCCUCACUGUGUGCAUUCAUCUCUAACAGAGCUCCUGGGACUGAUUCUGUGCAGCAAAUACUGAAAUACUGAAAGUUUUAAUAUCCUCUAUCUGAUUUUCAUCCUUUAGGGUGCAGUGACUGCUUUGGUUGGCGCUGCCUGUGCAGGGCCACCUCUGAGGUUCCUCUUUGCAGCACCACCAGACCUUCCUGGGGACUGUUGCCAACUCAACCUGCUGUUCUUUAAACUAACAAACCCCAAUUACCUUUCCAAAAUUUGUGGUUUUAAGAUAAUUUAUUGAGCUUUCUUAAAUAUUGUCCCACUGAUCCACAUUUUUAGUGCUUGCCCUAGUGCCAGCUGCUCCAGUAAUCGAAGCAAUAAUUAUUUCAGUUUUUACAUUGGCAAAUAAAUGUUAAAAUUUUUCAAAAUUAUGAUCACUAUUCUGAUUUUUCUGUUUAACACAGAUCCUUCUUUAUUUAUCACACUUCGGUAAAAUAUGGUGGAGAUCCAACUCUCACUGUCCCAGCAAACAGAAUUUUUCUCUCCUUAACUGCUCUGAACCUGCAACCACCAGAUGGCAUUUCCAGCCUGUGCAGGUCAUUGCAGCAUUAAAGUUAUUUCUUGUCUGAGUCCAAAUUUUCUGAGUCUCUUCCAUUAACAUCUCACUCUGAGUUUAAUUUUUUACUCUUCUUUUAAUUGGGGUCUGUCAGGAAAAAAAAUGGGGUUGUCAAAGUUCAGUGGUGUUUUAGUUGAGUGAAGCACAAAUUUGUUAAAAAUCAGGAUUAAAAGCUGUUUCAAGACAAAUAAUCUCAAUUUUAUAACACCGAAUUUACUAGAUAUGUUAUACUACCAGUAAAUUCCUGAAAUCAAGACACAUAGGACAAUUACAGAGGGGUCAGCUUGCAGAUUUACCUGUCCCCAAAUGCUUUUGGUGCUGCUCCUUUCCAUGCUCCACUCAACCAUGUGCAGCUGGACAUUCACAAUGUCUCAUGUGCAUUAUUUUUCUGCUCUCUCCAUAUUCCUCUUUCAUUCUUAACCUUAUUUAGAUACCAGGAUUUCCUUCUCACCUCUGCAGGGAGUUAAAAGAUGUCAAAAUAAGGUUUCUAGUAGUGAAAUCAGAGGUCAGGAGACUGCAACACCUCAUUGCCAAGGGCACUGCAACCCAUUUGUUUUGUGACUAUAUUUGUCUCUGUUACUCGAGGUGAAAAAGCAAGGUUCCCACUUUUAAAUUAAUUAUUAUUUUUCAUAUAAAUACGUUAUUGUAGUGCCCAGAAACCUGGAGGAGGCCUGGCUGCAGCAGCUGCUCUGUGUGUCCUCAAACUGAGAUUGUCCUCAUCCCUGAAAUUCUUGCAGUCCAUAAAAUCCCAGAUGUGCUGAACAUUCUCCUUCCUGAGCUGGCUGUGGUAAAGGGAGUGAAAAACUGCUUUUCCUGGGCAGGGACAUCUGCCAUGAGACCAGGCUGCUCAGAGCCCCAUCCAGCCUGGCCUUGGAUCAUUCCUGACACCCCUCGCCUCAAAUCAACCCAGGUGAUCCCCUCAAACCUCCUGUGUUCAGGAAGUUUUCAUCCUGUGUUCAUCCAGUUUAAUGGGAUGGAGAUAUUCCGGGAACCCAGAGCAGUAGGAUGCAUCUUCUUUUGGUCAGACUUUAAUACAUUAAGUCUAUCUUUUUCUUUUAUUGCCUUGUAUUGCAAAAUAAAAAUAGUUAGUGUUUACACUGUGGAGGAAAAGAAGAACAAUUGAAUAGAAAAAUGAGAUUUGCUAAAAUUAAAAAUGGACAUUCUUGGAAAGAUGGAACUCCUAAAAAAACCCAGUCAGUCCAAAGGAGUGAAGUUGUCAAAAUACACCUCCCAUAUGCAGAGAGGAAUGCACUUUGUAUGCCUGAAGAUUCUGAUGCUUGUAGACAGCUGCUUCUCCAUCCACAUUCCCUUUGUGCUUCCUUUUUGUGGUUGUGCCCUCAGUUUUUCUUCUGCACAUAGGAGCAUCUUCCAGUUCUUUAGACCUCGUAGGAAGGGAGACAUUUAUCAGUGACAGGAGCUCAGGAGCACGUUUAGCCAAGUGCUGUGCAGUGCCUUGCAGAGUGACCUGGCAGAGCAGGAACAUGCUGACAUUUACAGUGGGCAAUCUAUUGAUUGUGGGACAAAACAAAGGCAAUCAGCAGGAGGGCUGUAAUUGUUUCAUUAAGCCCCAGGAGCAGCACUCUGUACAUUGAUCCAAAAACGCCUCGGAGCUGCAGCUUCUCAAUGUCAUGACUCUCCCCACGGGCACCUCACUUUGUAAUUUGCUGGUUCUGAAAGUGUUUGAAGUCUCCCAACACCACUGAACCCCUCUCCCUGAGUGUCACUCUGUGCCAGGUAAGAGAUUAAAAUCCAGGCUGCUGCGUGGGGGUGGUUUCCUCCCCUUCUGUAUUUGUUGAGGCCUUUAGGAUGGCUCCACUUUUCUUAAGAGUGAGGUCAGGGAAGUCAAAUCCACCCAUAUCUGGCCUUCACCAGGCUCCUUGUGAAUGGGCUCCACUCAGCAUUUUCAUUUUUUUAUUACUCUGCAUCAAGCGAAAGUGAAAUUGUGGCUUUAAAAGCCAGCAGUCCAUCCUCAUUGAAGUCACUGGUGAUGUGUAGAAAUAGCUGGGUAUUUAAUAAAAAGUUCAAUUCUGACAUUAACAGUUGGAUAUUUAAUAAGUCUGACUCUGACAUAAGAAGAAAGCGGCUCCCCAGUUCCUCUUCCAGCCAACAUCUGGGACUCUUCCCAAACCUCUCUGUACCAAUGUUCAUUAUUGUAUUUUAUAGUAAGUAAAAUCAGGUUUACAAUCUCCUGAACCUUCUGGUGGUACUAAAAAUACAGCUAAUAAUUGUCUAUACAUCUUGUUUUUACUGGAAAUAAAAAUCCUCUGGAUUGAGACACAGCCACGUACUAUAGCCAAGCUGUAAACACUUGUCCUCCAAAAAAAUGUUGAAGUUAGGGUGGAACAUGAAUUUAUAAACUCAA